AUGAAUUAUAAUAAUAAUGAAAUAAUUAAACAUAUUCAAUCAUUGGUUGAUUUGGAAACAGAAUGUUGGAAUAAACAAAAUAUAAUACCAUUUUUAAAUAUGAUACAUCCAGAUAUGGUUUGGCCUUUCCCACCAACUGACAGAGACCAUGAUCCAACCACUUGGGUUUUCAUUAUGGGUAGAUUUAAUUUUGAAAGAUGGAAAUCAAUGUAUGAUGAAAUAUUUUCAAAUCAUUACUUAUCACAUAACAUUAGAAAAACGUUAAAUAUUAAAGUUUCGAAAGAAGAAGAUGCAGCUUUAGCAGUUGUAGAUAUCGAUACCCUGUGGAUUGAGAAUAAAACUGGUAAACCGUUCCAUUGGAAAGGCAGAGUUUGUAAAAUCUAUACGAAAAUGACUGAUAAUAAAUGGUUAUUUUAUUCACAAACAGGUGCAUUGGAUUAUUCUUUUAUAAAACAAGAAUAA